AUGUCCACGCUUGUCUUGGGCCCUGGCCCUGGCCCUCCGCCUCCUCCGCCUCCUCCGCCUCCUCCGCCGCCUCCUCCUCCCGGAGACAAGGGCAAGCUACCUUCGGACAAAGUUGAUGUACCGCUCAACAAGCGGCAGAGGAGAAGAAACACUGGAAGAAAGACUGGAGACGAAAAACCGCUCACACAGUUCAUCAAAACAGCUUGGAUCUACCCAAGCAAUGAUAUGCUGGAGAUUCUAGCUCCCACUUCGCGUGCACAGUUUCGAGCAAUUUCCAGAGCCUAUCGGCGAAGUGGAUCUUCAGAGGAACUUGAAAAUGUCGCGAUACUUGAAGAACAACGACGUCUGUUCAUGCCGGUAUGUGAUACCUGA